GCCCCCGCCAGGAGCCCGGAUGAAGAGUAACGCCAUUACCGCCGGGGCGGCCGAGCGCACUUGCGGAAGGAGCCUGGACGCCGGACCGGCCGCGCCAUGAGGUCCCUCCCCCGCCUGCUGCUGCUUCUCCUGCUCGUAUUCCCCGCCACCCUCCUGCUCCGAGGCGGCCCCGGGGGCUCCUUAGCAGUGGCUCAGGACCUUACAGAAGAUGAAGAAACAGUGGAAGAUUCUAUAAUUGAAGAUGAAGAUGAUGAAGCAGAGGUGGAAGAGGAUGAACCCACCGACUUGGCUGAAGAUAAAGAGGAAGAAGAUGUAUCUGGUGAACCUGAAGCUUCACCCAGUGCAGAUACCACCAUCCUGUUUGUGAAGGGAGAAGACUUUCCGGCAAAUAACAUUGUCAAGUUCCUGGUGGGCUUCACGAAUAAGGGUACAGAAGACUUCAUCGUUGAAUCUCUGGACGCCUCCUUCCGUUAUCCUCAAGACUACCAGUUUUACAUCCAGAACUUCACGGCGCUUCCCCUGAACACUGUCGUGCCGCCGCAGAGACAGGCCACCUUUGAGUACUCCUUCAUCCCUGCGGAGCCCAUGGGCGGGCGGCCCUUUGGUCUGGUCAUCAACCUCAACUACAAAGAUCUGAACGGCAAUGUUUUCCAAGAUGCUGUCUUCAAUCAAACGGUUACAAUUAUCGAGAGAGAGGAUGGGUUAGAUGGAGAAACAAUCUUCAUGUAUAUGUUCCUUGCUGGUCUUGGGCUCUUGCUUGUUGUUGGCCUUCAUCAACUCCUAGAAUCCAGGAAGCGCAAGAGGCCCAUCCAGAAGGUGGAGACAGGCACGUCCAGUCAGAAUGAUGUCGACAUGAGUUGGAUUCCUCAGGAAACUUUGAAUCAGAUCAAUAAAGCUUCACCAAGAAGGUUGCCCAGGAAACGGGCACAGAAGAGAUCCGUGGGAUCUGAUGAGUAAAUGUUCUUUGUGCAACAAUUUGGUCUGUACUUAACCUGCCCUAAUGUGUUUCGGCCUGAUGGGAAUUAGUGCAGAGAAGCCAUAUCACCAUAGACGGCAACUACUACUUAUGUGUGGACUGAGCAAUCAGAGUCUGUGGCGAUAAUAUUGUGGAAAAUGCACUGCAUUUUUAUUUUUCUAAAGUAACAAAUCUGGUUUUUUUUAAACCAUUAAACUGUGUGUGUGCGUGUGCAUGUGUGUGAGCAGCCGGUCUCGCAGCGCCCCGUUGGGUGGCCCGGAGCGCGCCUUGAGAAUGCUGAGCACCAUGCUCUGGUCUCUGGUUCUUCGGAUGUUUCCCGACCGUCUCCCCCCAGACCCCCUGGUUGUCCAGUAUGAUGGCAGGUGUCCUCCCAGACUGGCUCAAAGAAAACAGUGCUUCUUCCUUAGAAUAGCUCAAAUCCCAACGGCGGGCACAAUUAGCAUGUUGCUGCUGUUUUACAACCAGUGUCUAAAGGCACAGACAGGAAUAGCUGCUUUUUAGCAAUGGAAUUGUCUGGGUGUUUGCUGCUGUUGCUAGAAUACGCACCUUCGGAAGACUUCCCCCUGAGUUCCAGGAACUUGACAGUUCCAGUUUGGGUAUGUAAAACCGACCCCGCGCUCUCUGAAAAAAAAUGGUACAUUUGUAGACUCUUGAGUUGUUGUCCAUUGUUCUUUCGGACCCGAGGGAUAGCUCCAGAGUGACUGUAAGACCAGCCUGGUUUUCUAAGAGAUCAUGUUUCUCCUUCAGAGAAGCAUCUUGCUUAAGAAGAGGUGCCUUGGGGUCUACAGACUAAGCACAAUUCCAGCAAGGCCUGAUCUGUUAAAGAGUUGGGUCAUUUCUGGUGGUUAACUCAUUGUUUUUUAUCUGACCUUUUGGGUUUUGGGGUUGUUGAUUUUUGGUGGUGUUAACCUGAAAGAUUCCGAAAUUUUAAGCACUGAAGGUCUCAGAACCGAACCGAACUGGACUUCCUCACUCUGCUCUUGGUGACCCUUGCCCUAGGCGGCGCGUUAGGUUGGCCUCGUUGUCAGACUGCAUAAGUCGUGGAGUAAACGACACGAACAAAUGAGAGGCUUUCUCCCUCUGUCCUUAAGCCAUAGUCUCUCACGUGUGCUCUGUAAGGAAAUGAUGGUAAAUGAACUUUCAGUGGCUACUCAGUUCCUGGCCUGUCUUCAUCGUGAUGACCUGCCCCCACUUUGUUAUAAUCCCCACCUGCACCCGCGCCCACACACACACACACACAAACAGAACACACAAGUGAAACAUCUUUCCAGGUUGUUCUCAGUAUUUAAACAUCAGAGCCAAAGCCAAUGACAAUAAAGCAGAAGUUAUUGUAUAGCUGUUAACCGCUUUGCAAGUAGGGGCUGAGGUGUUAAAUGAACUCUCUUGGCAGUGCUGAGCUAUAAACUUUCUAUACUUGUAAAGUCUUUGAGUUUUUAAUUGGGCUGUAUGAUCAGUCGUUUAUUGUGGAAAAGCUCUGUGAGCUCCAAGGACCAGCCUGGUUUUUGCUUGAUGUACUCUCAGACCCCCACCUUUUCAAGGAAUCUCUCUCCAAACAUUUCUGUGAGUGUCCAGGUUCGUGAAGGUACUAGGGUGUGAUGGAGCGAGGUGGGGUUCGGCACAUUCACCCGACCUCUGCAGAGUGUCACGGGCUCUGUGGCGAGGCCAUGCCAAGUGAGGGCACCAGCCUUCCUGCUGUUGAGCCACCUGCCUUCUGCAGGGGCCCUUCCUUUUCGGGGGGUGGGGGGGUGACGUUAGCACCUCGGCGGUUAUGUGUCAUGUUGUGUUUUUUUAGCAGAGAUUGGGGACACUUGAGAACUCUUUAAUUCCUCAGCUCUCAGGGCCUCUGUGCUCUCAGUGUUCCCAGAAACUCCAUAAUGAAUGGAAUUCACUUCCACACAUGGUUUGUUCAAGCACACUUAAUAGGUAGCCUGUUUUUUAAAUGUUUUAAAAUGUAAAUAUUUGGAUGAUGUU